GAUCUGAAAUGGGGGCUCCAAGGGGGCUGGCCAGGGCAUCCCAAGGGGUCUUUCCUGCGGGUCCUGGCGAUCCCGAGAUGGGGGAUCCAGGGCACCGUGACUUGCGGCUCCUGUGGGUCCUGACCCGGGGGAUCCGAGGGGAUCCAUGGCUCUGGCCCAGGGGGGGUCCCCAGAUCAGCAGUGUCCCCUGUCCCCACAGGCCAUGGGGGCAUCCGAGCCCCCCAACUUCUCGUGGGUGGUGGAGGGCCGGCUGGCAGGGCUGGCGAUGCCGCGGGAACCGGGGCACUACCGCUACCUGCGGGAUCACGGCGUGCGGCACCUCGUGUCCCUGACCGAGCACGCCCCACCACACCACGGCUGCUGCCCCCAAAUCCAGCUCCACCGGCUCCGUGUGCCCGACUUCACUCCCCCGAGCCCCCAGCAGAUCCAGAGCUUCCUGCAGAUCGUGGAGGAGGCCAAUGGCCGCGGGGAGGCUGUGGCAGUUCACUGCAUGCUGGGCCACGGCCGGACAGGCACCCUGCUGGCCUGUUACCUGUGCAAGGAGCAGCACCUGGCCGGUGGUGACGCCAUCCGCGAGAUCCGGCGCCUGCGGCCCGGCUCCAUCGAGACUGCGGAGCAGGAGCGGGCUGUAAUCCACUUCUGCCAGUGCCUGAGCACUGGGGAGGAGACCUGAGCACAUGGAUGGGAUCCAUGGAAUUGGGCAUCCUGAAGAAUCGGGCGUUCCCAGCCUUGUCUGUCCCCUCCUGCAUUAAAGGACUGGCCUGUG